AUGGAGCGUUGGUCAGAUCCAGCUCACUUCAGGGUUGGGGUCAACCUUCCAAGUUCUGUGGAGGAUGGAAUAUCCACCACAAAGAUGAUGACAACGGUCAAUGAGGUGAUGGCGCGUUCACUAAAUCUGAUGAGACUCGGACUAGUUGCAGCUCCGGCGCUAGUUCAAUGUUUCUACAUUCACAGUGUUGGUUUGAUAAGCUGGUUGUUUCGGCUACUCUUGAUCUAUGUCUUGAUGGGAUCGAUUUGCUUCAUUGCGGUCCCGGACCAGCUCUACAACGGGAUGGGAAUGGGUAUGUUUCGCUGGGCAUUUGAAAUUUUCUACCCCGAGAUCGCCCGUUCCAACGGGAGCCUUCAAGAACCUGCAGAGAAGAGCAUUGCUUGCAUAGCAGGAUGCAGGAUAAACAAUCUUCGGAUGAAGCGUGUCAAGCUGAGGUGGCAUGGAUCAGAGAGAUAUUUGUGCCUCAGCCAAGAUGGCUGGGCUGUCACUGGAGAUGAGAAGCAUGCCGUCUCCAUCGAAAUGCAUCAGGUCUACUGGCGUGAUGUGAUGGUCCCCGAUACGUACACUUUGCGCGUCAUGGAUGCGACCUCUGACUUUCAUCAACAUUGGCUGUCCUUCAAGCCUGUCAAUCACCUUCGAUUCGGCGGAUGGUUGGCUGCUUAUUCCCACGAGAGCAAGGCCUCUCCAUACAAGGUGAUAGUGGACACUUCUUGUCCUCCAGAGUCGUGCAAACUCCUUUGUGCGUGGACAGACAUGCUGCCACCUUCCCAAAGAUCCUGUGCAGGCUUUUACAUUGCAGAGCAGAUCUGUGGCAAUCACUUGUACGUGGGGCAUAGUGCAGACAGAGACUCUGCAAUCCUUGAUAUGGUAUUUGAAUGA